UAUAACUAGUCUUCAGGACCAGCAAGUCUUACCGGCGACAACUUUUCACGGCAAUUGUCAUUGUAUCUAAUCGGAGAUGGCGCCCCCUGCUGUAAUGGCGGUGUUAUUGUUGGUCCUCCAGUUUUGGGGGGCACUGAGCUCUCUUCAUGAAGACCGUUUGGAGCACCACCUUGACUCUGAGCAUGAUAUGGACGUCCUGCUGGGGGAGAAGGACAGUGAAGAAUUAAAGAAACUAAGCCCAGAGGAACAGAGGAAAAAGAUGAUGGACAUUGUCAAAAAGAUUGACACAAAUGCUGACAACAAGUUAAGUGCAGAAGAGAUCACACUAUGGAUUCAGCAUGUCUACAGAAAAUAUGCGCUGGAUGACGCAGAGGAGCGCUUCCCCGAAUUUGACGCUAACCGAGACGGUGUAGUAACAUGGGAGGAGUACAACCUGGCCGAGCUAUUUAGUUUUGAUGAAAGCACCGUUGUGGAUGAUGCAGAGCAAGAGUCUCUCAGACAUCUCCACCUGAAGGAGAGGAGGCGUUUCGAUUUUGCUGAUGUGGACGGCACGCCCGGCCUCAAUGUGACUGAGUUUUUGGCCUUCACCCACCCCUCUGAAGUGGAUCACAUGGCGGACUUUGCCAUUGAGGAUGUGUUGAGUGAAUAUGACACAGAUCAAGAUGGACUGAUCAGUUUGAAGGAAUUCAUUGGCGAUCUUCGACGGGACGAGGACGCACCUUCACAGUGGGAGGUCGAGGAGACAGUGCGCUUCAAGGACCUCUACGAUCAAGACAAGGACGGCAAGUUGAAUCGAGAGGAGCAACUCCGCUGGAUUGCGCCAAACAGCUACGGUUCUGCUCGGGAAGAAGCUCUUUACCUCAUCAAGGAAAUGGACCGGGAUGAAGACGGGCAGAUCUCGGAGGCGGAAGUUUUGAAAAACCAAGAGACCUUCAUGAACAGUGAAGUGACAGACUACGGCAGACACCUGCACUCGUCACAUGAUGAAUUAUAACAGCAUGCUUUUGGAU